AUGGUGAUUCACCGUGGCCGGGACCCCGAAGUGAUGGUGGAGACCUUUGAGCUGGACAACCCAGGAUUCCGUUCCCUUGCAGAGCCGACUUUCCGCUCCAAAGAUCUCUUUUCCAAAACGGUUUCGCUCCACCUAGCCGGCAGGAUGGGCUGCUCGAGCCAGUUCAGAAUCGGUCUCCUCUGCUUCAUGGGUGCCUUCGUUGCUUCUUACGACCCUUGGGAUUUCUCUGCAAGACGCCCGGGUCCCUUGCAGCCUCCUCGCACGCCUUCUCCGGAGAGGCGGCCCGUGGGUUCUCCUGACCUGUCCGGCGCCUGGGCUUUCGUGGACAACUCCCGAGCCCUGUCCGCCUUCGCCCCCGUCUCGGUUCAGUGUGGGGAGGCCCAGGUGGCGGUGGCUGUGAAGAGGGACCUCUUUGGGACCGGGAGGCUGGUCCAAGCGGCGGACCUCAGCCUGGGGUCUUCGGGCUGCAAGCACACCGCCCUCGACGCCGCCGAAGAAGCGGUGGUCUUUGAAGCGGGCCUCCACGAAUGCGGGAGCACCUUGCAGAUGACUCCAGACUCUCUGGUCUACAGCAUCCGUCUCUACUAUAAACCCACCCCUGGAAGCAACCCGGUCAUCAUCCGAACCAGUGCUGUCGAGGUCCCGAUUGAGUGCCAUUAUCCAAGGAAAAAGAACGUCAGUAGUAAGGCCAUCAAGCCGACAUGGGUUCCCUUCAGCUCCACGCUGUCUGCAGAGGAGAGACUGGUCUUCUCCUUGCAUCUCAUGAACGAGGACUGGAGUGCUGAGAGGACCUCUAAGCGGUACCAACUGGGAGAGGCCAUGAAUCUCCAGGCAGAUGUGAACACGGUCAACCACGUGGCUCUGAAGCUCUUCGUGGACAACUGCGUUGCCACCUUGAGUCCAGACAGAGAUUCCUCUCCCAGAUACUCGAUUAUUGAUUUCCACGGGUGCCUGGUGGAUGGGAGAUCAGGAGAAUCCAGUUCCGCCUUUGUGUCUCCCAGGACCAGACCGGAUUCGCUCCAGUUCACAGUGGACGCCUUUAGGUUUGCCCAGGAACAGGCGGACAUGAUCUACAUUACCUGCCACUUGAAAGUCAUAGCCGGCGACCAAACUCCAGAUGUUCUGAACAAGGCAUGUUCCUUCCACGAAGCACAGAGUGGCGGCAGAGAGGAGCCAAGCGGCAAACGUCUCCUGUCUCUUUCAGAAGCCCAUGAGAAGUCUGUGCUGAUCAUGAUGGGACUGACGGUCACCACCGGUGUCCUGGCUUUGGUCUCGGUGGUUCUGGCCUCGCUUCUGGCCUGCAGGAAAAGGAGACGCUCCGAUAAUACGCCGUAUUUCCGGUGCGUUUUUAUCUUCGUGCGGACGCGGGAGUCCGGGAGGAGAGUUCACGCGCGGAACCGGAGCUUCGCGGUCCGGACCGGCCUGCGGCUCAACGCGGAGAGGAAUCGGCAUGUAGGCCGGGAUGGGUCGGGAGGGAGUCAUGGGUCACUUUUUGAAGGCUCCAUCUACUUCUCUGAAAGAAAUACAUAG